GAUUUGUGGAUCAAGUACAAAGAUUAUAUGUGUGAUGAUAUUUUGUAUCAAAUACAGAAUAGAAUGGGAAAUCCAAAUAUACAAAUCAGUGAAGAAAUUUACAAUGAAGCAUUGAUUUCAAUUGAGGACAUGUGCUUGAUAAUGUCAAACAAACUAUUAAUUCAAUUAGGCCUGACCGCGCCCAAUCGUCCAAUGCAUGACGCUUUUAACCAAGAGUUGCAUCGAGAAAGACUGUAUGAUCUCAACGAUUUGAAAGAAUUAAUUCAAACAAAUCUUCCACUGUUAAAUGAACAACAGAAGUAUGUAUUUGAAACUCUUAUGAAAGUAACAAAUGAUGAAACUGGAGGGAUUUACUUCUUAGAUGCACCUGGUGGUACAGGAAAAACUUUUUUGAUUUCAUUAAUAUUAGCAACAAUUCGCUCACAAAAUAAAAUUGCACUUGCACUCGCUUCGUCGGGAAUCGCAGCAACUUUGCUUGAAGGUGGUCGAACAGCCCAUUCAGCACUAAAAUUGCCAUUAAAUAUGCAUAGCAAUGAAACUCCAACCUGCAACGUUUCGAAGAACUCUGCAAUGGCAAAGGUUUUGCAGCAAUGUAAAUUGAUUGUUUGGGAUGAAUGCACGAUGGCACAUAAAAAAUCUUUGGAGGCUUUGGACAGAACCUUAAAAGAUCUACGGAGCAAUAAUAACCGAUUUGGUGGUGCAAUGAUUUUAUUAGCAGGAGAUUUUCGUCAAACAUUGCCGGUGAUUCCACGAUCAACGCCAGCUGAUGAACUCAAUGCAUGUCUAAAGUCCUCCAGUUUGUGGAAACAUGUCAAAGUACUUCAUUUAAGCAAGAAUAUGCGUGUCGAGUUGCAAAAUGACCAAUCUGGAAACAUAUUCUCUAAACAACUCAUUGACAUUGGUAAUGGCAAAUUUCCUAUAGACAUGUUGACUGGCUGCAUUAACUUUCCUCUAAGUUUUUGUCAGUUAACUCGAUCAAAAGAUGAACUUAUUCAGAAGGUGUUUCCAGAUGUUUCUCAAAAUUACAGAAACCAUGAUUGGUUGAGCGAACGAGCUAUACUGGCUGCAAAAAACAUAGAUGUAAAUGAAUUAAAUUUCAAAAUUCAAGAACAAAUUACAGGCGAAUUGAUGAUAUAUAAAUCAGUUGAUUCGGCUACUAAUCAAGAUGAUGUAGUCAACUAUCCACCGGAAUUUUUAAACUCGCUGGAUUUGCCAGGAUUGCCACCUCACAAUCUUCAAUUAAAGGUUGGAUCGGUGGUUAUAAUGUUGCGAAAUAUCAACCAACCGCGUCUUUGCAACGGUACACGGUUAGCGAUAAAAAAAUUACUAAACAAUGUGAUAGAAGCAACUAUACUCAAAGGAAAGUAUAAAGGAGAAGAUGUUCUCAUACCGCGCAUCCCAAUGAUUCCGACUGAUGUGCCAUUUGAGUUUAAACGACUACAGUUUCCAGUGCGUCUUGCUUUUGCUAUGACUAUAAACAAGUCCCAGGGGCAAUCAUUAAGUGUUUGUGGUAUUAAUCUAGAAAACCCAUGUUUCUCACAUGGUCAAUUGUAUGUUGCCUGUUCCCGUGUUGGAAAACCAUCAGAUUUGUUUAUCUAUGCGCCAGGUAAUCAAACAAGAAACAUCGUAUACCACAAAGUACUACAAUGAUAAUAAUAAUAAUUAUGAUUCACAUGAUUAACAAUAA